AUGGGUGUUAAAUAUGUUGUUGCUCUGUAUGAAGCAGAUGCUCAGCUACAAUACUUGGAGAUGAAGGGAGAAGUCCAUGGAAUCAUCACGGAAGACUCGGAUCUGUUAGUCUAUGGUGCUCGGAACAUCUUGUUCACAAUGGACCCCUCUGGCCCCUGUAUUUACAUAUGUCGCAACAAAUUGGGUCAGGUUGAUGAUAAACGGAUGGGCCCAUGGGAUGAACAGCAGUUCAGACAAAUGGCCAUGCUGAGCGGAUGUGAUUACCUGUCUAGAAUUGAUAGCAAUUGUUGGAACACCAUAGAUUGA